UGGAGUCAUUUCUGUGGACAAACCCCUGCUUGGAGACGGUGGUUCUGUGAGGUCACCUGUACUGAGCAGUGCGGGACGAUGCAUGGCACAGGGCUGAGCGGGACCAGGAGCCAUGGGAGGGCUUCCUGAGCUCAGUGCUCGCACUCACUGCUGCUUCUUGAGUGCCCAGCACUGGACUGAGUGGUGAGAAGCCUUGAGAGAAACUUACCUGGUUGCCAGGACCCUUAGGAUGAGGCUGCUGUGAGGAGUGGCAGAUCCGCUGCCUGCACUGCCGUGCCUGCACACCCCACCCCACGUCCCUCCUCUGGCUGGAGCGCCGUCUGAGAGCCACCGGGCAGAAUGACUGUUGGAUGUGUGCUGCAGCCCCCGUUCCUGGGGAGGACUUUGCUCCCAGUGCUGCUGCUUGCAGCCUCAGCUCACUGCCACUGGCCCAGCGAGCCGGCAGAAGUGCUGAAGGACUGGGAAAACCAGCUCGAGGCCUCCAUGCACUCCGUGCUCUCAGACCUCCGAGAGACUGUGCCGGCUGUGGUGGGGAUACCAGACAGCUCCGCCGUGGUGGGCCGCUUCUUCAGAGUCUCCAUCCCCACAGAUUUAAUUGCUUCCAAUGGAGAAGUAGUCCAGGUCUCCGAAGCUGGGAAGGAGUCCUUGCCUUCGUGGUUACACUGGAAUGCGGAGAGCAGCUCCCUGGAAGGGCUGCCCCUGGACACGGACAAGGGCGUCCACUACAUCUCGGUGACCACGCUGCAGCCCUUCCCCAACGGCAGCUACGUGCCGCAGGCCGCCAACGUCUUCUCCGUGGAGGUGCACCAGGAAGACCACAGCGAGCCGCAGUCGGUACGAGCGGCAGCCCAGGAUACGGGCGAUGCCGCGCCGUUCGUGUGCGGUGCGGAGGAGCCGGUCACCAUCCUGACCGUCAUUCUGGAUGCCGAUUUGACAAAAAUGACACCAAAGCAGAGGAUUGAACUUUUAAACAGAAUGAGAAGCUUCUCAGAGGUGGAGCUUCACAACAUGAAGUUGGUUCCUGUUGUAAAUAACAGACUCUUUGACAUGUCGGCCUUCAUGGCCGGGCCGGGAAACGCAAAGAAGGUGGUGGAAAACGGGGCCUUACUCUCGUGGAAACUGGGCUGUUCUUUGAGCCAAAACAGCGUCCCCAACAUCAGCAAGGUCGAGGCCCCGGCGAAAGAAGGGACUAUGUCUGCCCGCCUUGGCUACCCUGUAGUUGGCUGGCACAUCGCUAACAAGAAACCUCACCUCCCAAAAAGGAUGCGGCGGCAGAUCAACGCCACCCCCACGCCUCUGACUGCCAUCGGACCUCCCACCACCGCCGCUCAAGAGCCGCCGACCAGGAUUGUCCCCACCCCAACGUCGCCCGCCAUCGCUCCCCCGACGGAGACAACGGCCCCGCCGGUCAGGGAGCCCAUCCCGCUGCCGAGGAAGCCUACGGUCACCAUCAGGACGAGGGGCCCCAUCGUGCAGACGCCCACGCUCGGGCCGAUCCAGCCGACCAGGCUGGUGGAAGGCACCGGGAUGGUCUCGGUGCCGAUUCGCCCCACGAUGCCCGGCUACGUGGAGCCCACCGCGGUGAUCACGCCGCCCACCGCCACCACCAAGAAGCCCAGAGUCUCCACUCUGAAGCCCGCCACGCCGUCCACGACGGAUUCCUCCACGGCGACAACACGCAGACCUACCCGGAGGCCCAAAACGCCCCGUCCCACAAAGCCUCCCAGCACCACCCGCUCCCCGAUCUCCAAGCUGACCACCGCCUCCCCUCCCACCCGCGUCCGCACCACGGCCAGUGGCAUCCCAAGGCCCUGGGAGCCAAACGAGCCGCCCAAGCUGACGAACCACAUCGACAGGGUAGACGCGUGGGAGGGGACUUACUUUGAGGUAAAAAUACCCUCGGACACUUUCUAUGAUAAGGAAGAUACCACCACUGACAAGCUGCAGCUGACCUUGAAGCUGAAGGAGCAGCAAAUGAUAGAGGAGAAUUCGUGGGUCCAGUUCAACAGCACCAGCCAGCUCAUGUACGGCAUGCCGGACCGCAGCCACGUGGGGAAACACGAGUACUUCAUGUAUGCCACUGACAAAGGGGGACUGUUUGCCGUGGACGCUUUUGAAAUCCACGUCCACAAACGCCCGCAUGGGGACAAAUCGCCAGUGAAGUUCAAGGCCAAGCUGGAAGGAGACCACAACGCAGUGGCAAAUGACAUCCAUAAGAAGAUCAUGCUGGUGAAGAAGCUGGCCCUGGCGUUCGGCGAUAGGAACAGCAGCACCAUCACGGUGCAGGACAUCACCAAGGGCUCCAUCGUGGUAGAAUGGACCAACAACACGCUGCCUCUGGAGCCCUGCCCCCGCGAGCAGAUCCGGACUUUGAGCAGAAAGAUUGCGGACGACUCCGGGGGGCCGAGCCCGGCGUUCUCCAACAUCUUGCAGCCGGAGUUCAAACCUCUGAACGUGUCGGUGGUGGGCUCCGGCAGCUGCAGGCACAUCCAGUUUGUCCCCGUGACGAAGGACGGCAGGGUGAUCUCGGAGGCAACGCCGACGGUGGUGGCUGGGAAGGACCCCGAGAAGAGCAGCGAAGACGACGUGUACCUGCACACCGUCAUCCCCGCCGUGGUGGUGGCCGCCAUCCUGCUGGUGGCCGGCAUCAUCGCCAUGAUCUGCUACCGCAAGAAGAGGAAAGGGAAGCUGACCAUCGAAGACCAGGCCACGUUCAUUAAGAAGGGCGUGCCCAUCAUCUUCGCCGACGAGCUGGACGACUCCAAGCCCCCGCCGUCCUCCAGCAUGCCCCUCAUCCUGCAGGAGGAGAAAGCCCCGCUGCCCCCCCCAGAGUACCCCAACCAGAGCAUGCCCGAGACCACGCCGCUCAACCAGGACACCAUCGGGGAGUACACGCCUCUGCGGGACGAGGACCCCAACGCGCCGCCCUACCAGCCGCCCCCCCCCUUCACCGCUCCCAUGGAGGGGAAGGGCUCCCGCCCGAAGAACAUGACCCCCUACCGCUCCCCUCCGCCCUACGUCCCCCCUUAACGAACGGGACGC